CCUCGUUAUUUACAAUUUUGACCCACUUUAUUUACUUAUUUAAUGAAAAAACCAGAAUAAACCCCGUCGCCAAACCCUCUGUUUCAGUUUCACUGAAUCUUCUUCCCGACUUCUCUGGAUUGUCCCUCUUCUCUCCCUUCACAUUGGAUCUUGGAACAACUAGGAACGAGUUUGGGUUGCCAUGGCAAAGCACCAUCCUGAUUUGAUCAUGUGCCGGAAACAGCCGGGGAUUGCAAUAGGACGAUUAUGUGAGAAGUGUGAUGGCAAGUGUGUAAUCUGUGACUCUUAUGUCCGUCCUUGCACCCUUGUGCGAGUUUGCGAUGAAUGCAACUAUGGGUCGUUUCAAGGUAGGUGUGUUAUCUGUGGAGGGGUGGGGAUAUCCGAUGCAUAUUACUGUAAGGAGUGUACUCAGCAAGAGAAAGAUCGCGAUGGUUGUCCCAAAAUUGUUAAUCUUGGGAGUGCUAAAACGGACUUAUUCUAUGAACGUAAAAAAUAUGGUUUUAAGAAAAGAUGAUUGAUGUUUACCUGUUGUGAUUAGGUCUUGCUGGUGGUUAUGUUGCAGGGAUGUCGGAUUUUAGAAUAUGUUGGUAUCACAGAGAGACAUUAGGUCUUUAGAAUUAUGUUAUUUUAAGAACUAUAGUUGAUUGUACCAGGGGCCUAAUUUAUUUCAACAGAAUCUGGUAUGGAAA